AAUCGCGCCUUUUCCUGCGCUAGUAACGCAAUCGAACAUUGUCGUUUCAGCACAAAAGGCUCUUGAGAAAGCCACUAACCUUCACGUUCCAAUCUCUCCCCACCGUUGCCUCUCUCUUUCUCUCUCUCUCUCUCUCUCUCCUCCUUUCUUGCUUAUACACUGAUCUGCAAGAUCUUAAACCCUGAAAACGGGGUCAAGAUCUCAUUUUUUCCUUGAAUUCGCCUCGAUUUCGCGAAAAAGCAAUGGGCUUGGGAACACCCAUUUCGAGAUUCGCCCUUCUGACGCUGACCAUAUGGCUGUUGCUCGGUCUCGCGAUCUCCGAACCCGUGGAGAAAGAGAGCUUCGACGAUGAAGAUUUGGAGGGGAUUGAGGAACUGUUGGCUCUAGAUGAGGAGGCGGAGCAACAGCAAGAAACGCACGCGAAUAGUGCUGAGGUAUUGACAAGAGCGCAGAGAAUAGUGCUCGAGCUCAACAGCGACAGUACGGAGAGAGUGAUCGAGCAAAACGAGUAUGUUCUUGUUCUGGGCUAUGCUCCGUGGUGCGCGAGGAGUGCCGAAUUGAUGCCGCAGUUUGCGGAGGCUGCAAACACAUUGAAAGCGUUGGGGAGUUCGGUCGUGUUGGCCAAGCUCGAUGCCGAGAGAUAUUCUAAAGCGGCUUCGAGCCUCGAGAUCAAAGGCUUUCCCACUUUGCUUCUGUUUGUCAAUGGGACUUCUCAGGUUUACUCUGGUGGAUAUACUGCGGAAGAAAUAGUGAUCUGGGCAAGGAAAAAGACUGGGGUGCCUGUUAUUAGGAUAAACUCGGUGACUGAAGCAGAAGAGUUUCUUAAGAAGUAUCAUAUGUUUGCCAUUGGUGUAUUUGAGAAAUUUGAGGGCCCUGCUUAUGAAGAAUUUGUUACAACAGCAACAGCUGACAAUGAAAUCCAAUUUGUAGAAGUUAGCAACAUUGAGGCUGCCCGUGCUCUUUACCCUGACAUUGAAUCUUCUAGCUUUUUCCUGGGCAUUGUCAAAAGUGAGCCAGAAAGAUAUUCUGGAUAUGAAGGAGCCUUUGAAAUGGAAAAGCUGCUGCAGUUUUUGGACCAUAACAAAUUUCCACUAGUUACCAAAUUGACUGAGCUUAAUUCCAUCAGAGUUUACUCCAGUCCCAUAAAACUCCAGCUUUUUGUGUUUGCUAAGGCUGAAGACUUCAAGGAUCUUCAUGAGCCUCUUCAAGAUGUGGCAAGGAAAUUCAAGUCAAAGAUAAUGUUCAUCUAUAUCGACAUUGCAGAAGAAAACCUAGCAAAGCCCUUCUUAACUCUUUAUGGACUUGAAGACACAGACGACACCGUGGUGGCUGCUUUUGAUAACAAAAUCAGCUCCAAGUAUUUGUUAGAGACAGAUCCAACACCAGCCAAUAUAGAAGAUUUCAGCUCAAAAUUUCUCCAGGGUUCACUAUCUCCUUACUUCAAGUCUCAGUCAGUACCAGACAACCUGAAUGAGGCAAGCAUCCAGGUCGUUGUGGGAAAGACAUUUGAUGACAUAGUUUUGAACAGUCCCAAGAAUGUCUUUCUUGAGGUUCACACGCCUUGGUGCAUCAACUGUGAGACUACAAGCAAGCAAGUAGAGAAGUUAGCUAAGCACUUCAAAGAUUUGAAUAAUUUGGUUUUUGCGAGGAUCGAUGCUUCUGCAAAUGAACAUCCAAAAUUACAGGUGGUUGACUAUCCGAUGCUCCUAUUUUACCCUGCAAGUGACAAAGCCAAUCCGAUAAAGGUUUCUGCAAAAUCAAGCUUGAAAAACAUGGCGAAGGUCAUCUCGAAACAUUUGAAAUCCAGCAAUGACGGCCCUAAAGAUGAAUUGUAAUAUAUGUGGUGAUGAAAGUAUAGAAAUUAGAAAUGGAGGAUGCUUGAAUGGUUCUGAUCUUUUCUUUUCUUCGAAAAGAAGACUAUUUUAGCAUUCGUUUUAUCAUUUAACUGUGUACAACCAAUGGAUAGAGUGCCUUGUUGCAGUAAAAAUGCAUAGGUCAUAGUACUUUACACCGA